AUGACCACAAAAGCUUCAAAAACUUCUACUUGUCACCCAUUUGCACUCUUAACAAAGUCACCCGAGUAUUGGAUAAAUGAAUUCAGACGAUGUAAAGAUUUUGAGCAAUUACAUUCGGUUGCUGUUCGAUUUUUUUACUACAAAACGGAAUUCAAUAAGAAUCAUAAUUCUGCACUUGAUUUGAAAAUUUAUAUUGUUGCCUUGAAUGCUUGUAGGAGGCUUGUUCGAAUUACAAAUUCUAACAAGACUUCAGAAGAGGAAAGUAACUCAACAUCAUUGCCCGUUCAAAACGAAUUCAUGCAAAGAUUUUGGAUAGAUAUUCCAAAAAAAUCAUGUACCACUAAAGACAUACUAAAACUAGCGCGUCGAUUCUUUGAUCACAUCGAUAUAAACAGUCGAAAACACAUCCUCUAUACACAUUACAUGGCAGUGUUAGCUUGCGCUGGACACGUAAAUGCGAUACAUACUUUAUUAGAAAAUAUGCGAGAACAAGGCAUAAGGCCAAAUUCAUUUGCAUAUAAACACUUUAUAAAUGCAUGUGUGAAUUCUGGUGAUUUACAACGAGCAUUUAACACGAUCGAUACACCUGCUGACGUUGUUUCCUCUGCGGCAACUGCUGAGACUGUUGGAAGUCAUUCACACCAGCCUUCACUUUUUAAAUUCCUGUUAUCGCGUGAUACUAAUUGGGUAAAGGCUGCUACAAGUCUGGGGUGGGGAUUAAUUUUUGGUAAAUGUAUUUUAUACUCUUCCUGUAUAACAAAUGACGGCGUAUUCGACGAUGUUUUAUUGGAGGCGAAUAGUGAUCAAUUAGCAAUUUUGGCGUUUGGAAUUUGCUCGUUAAUCGGGAUGAGAUAUUUUUCACUGAAUUUAAUCGGGGAUUCCAAAUCAAUAUCAUUGGUGCUUGAGAGUCAAUAUAUCCCGGAAAAAGUGGUGUAUCCUCGAUAUUUAUUAAACACGCCAUCAUCAAAUUCGGCGACAACUACUUCUGCUACAUUAUCAUCGUCAAAAAAUACAUUGAAUUCAAAUUUUGAUUACUCGCAUGCAGAGAAAUUACGACGAAAUUUAUAUUGUACCAUGAUAAAUAGACUGCUAAAAAAUCGCCAAUUAGACAAGGCAUUGCUGGUACUCUCACGAAUGACCGAAAAGAAAUUACCAUUGGAUUACGUUAAUUACAAAAAGUUCAUCGAUUCAUUAUGUCAAGCAGAAAGACUAAGCGAUGCAGUUGAGGUGGCUUUAUGUGCAAAAAGUCAAGGAAAACAAUUGUCCCCUAGUAAUGAACUCCUGCCUAUAAUUCAAGCAUAUCAAAAGGAAAACGAUAUCAAGGGACUAGAAAGAUUUUAUAAUAUCGUGAUGUGA